CAGCAAUCCCACGCGCAUUUCCAAAAAGAACCCCCCUCCACUCCCUCCGCCCUCAUAAUCGCCCUCUUCUCACCAGACAAAAAUUCCGAGCCAUCUCCUCCAUCACCACCAUGCUCCGCACCGAGCCCAACAUCAUCAUCACAGGCACGCCCGGCGUAGGCAAAACCUCUCACGCCGAAGAACUCGCGCGUCGGAUACCCGGUCUGCACCAUAUGAGCAUCAACGAGAUUGUGAAAAAGCACAACAUUGGCGAAAAAUCAGACGAUCCUUCUGAUCCGAGUUUACAAAUUGUGGACGAGGAUCGACUGCUCGAUGUGAUUGAGAAUGAUUUGGAAGAAGGCGGACAGAUUAUUGAUUGGCAUGCGUGUGAUUUGUUUCCGCCGAGUUUGAUUGAUUUGGUCGUGGUGGUGAGGUGUGAGAAUGGUUUGUUGUAUGAUCGGCUCAAGGGGAGAGGGUAUCAAGGGAAGAAGUUGGAGGAGAAUUUGGAUUGUGAGAUUAUGGAGGUGUUGUUGCAGGAGGCGCGGGAUGCGUAUGAUGGGGAGAUUGUGGUCGAGUUGCAUUCGGAGAAGACGGAGGAUAUCGAUUCGAAUGUGGAUAGGAUUGAGAGUUGGGUGAAUCAGUGGAAGAAGGAUCAUGGGAAAGCGGAGGGAGAUGUCAAGGCGCAAUCUGAGCAGAAGGAUGAGGAAAACCCUAUGUUCUUGCAUGGUUGAGUAGCGAGUGAGUCGCCAUCAUUUUUUUACUUAUGAUCGCGUGGGUCCACCGCUGGACGAUCACAGCCCAGCUACCUAUCUCUACUGGUCUGGUCCUUCUGCAGCUGCUGCCUCUACAACUCCUUUUGCAACCAGUCGACCAGUUUCUCUAGAGCCUUCCCUCGAUGCGAGAUCUUGUUCUUCUCCGACUUGGGCAUCUCGGCGUACGUCUGGCCUUCAUACUCAAAGCAUGCGUCCCAGCCUAGGAUGCAGUCAGAACGCAGCUAGCUUUUCACGAGCACGUUGUGCAACUUACCAAAGUCCGUCGGUCCGCGACAUGGCACAAUCUUGCCCUACCCCCAGCAUCAGCGAAAUGUGUUCCACUCCGCACUGGAAAACGGGACAGAGAACUCACCUCCGUCCGUCCCUGGAACACAAUCGGCUCCUUCCCAGGUCCUUCGCAGUAUGCAAAAGUGCAUACAGCCUGCGCAGACUUGUCUUCAAAGCCCGCCAAUAGCUUGUGAAACUCCUUCACGCCUAGAGCUUUGAGAAACCACUUCACAUAAGGUCCAGGUAACUCAUCGAAAGCAUUAAAGCACAAACACGUAUCUUCUACCAAUACCGGUCCUUGUAUCGCAUCAGCAGCCCUCCUCGCCUUAUCCCUCGAAAUCUCCUCAAUCGUCCCUUGAAUUUCUACCAAAUCCACAUUCUGCGAUGUGAGUUGUACGGGAGUCGACGAGAGAAUCGUUUGGACUUCGGCGAGUUUGUUGGCGUUGCCGGUGAUGAAGUUGAGA